UCCAAGAAGUUACUUAUGAAAGCCGUAGAGUGCGGCAGACGAACGGCGGUUUCUUGAAUUAUUAAAAAGCUCGAGGAAGGCUGUUCUUCGCGCUAGUCGCGACCUUCACUUGUUUUUCGCGCGUUCGGCAAAUCAUAUCUCACGUGCGCGCAUAUUUUAAGCGCUUUUUUCGAACGCGUUUCGGACAGUGCCCGUUGAAAUUGUUAUGGACAUUUUUGUGUGUUCAGGUGUUCUUUUUUCGAGUAUUUUUCUCGAUGGCUGAGAAAUACGGCAGCAUUCGUCACAAGUACUUCGGAAAAUCCGGGAAAACUGGACGAUAAUAAGACGAUGUAACCUCACCGAAUUCAUCGAGAGAUGUCUCUGAAGGUUUUCGCACUGACAUGGAUAGGACUUGUCGCAGGAUUUUCACAAACACCCUUUCCACCUCUGACAAUCACUAGGCAAAACAAUGGAGAUCUCAUCACCCUACCAAAUCCCAAUCACGUGUGCAACGAUGAUUUCUGUAUCGGCCUCACCAGUGGCACGGGCAGUUUGGAAAAGAGUGACAGCAAAGGGUGUACAUGUCAGUGCCAUAGUUACUUGCCUGCGUUCAGGGAAGAUCUCAAUAUUUGCGUGGAUGACAUUCAAGAAACUACUUUGGCUCCCUUCGUUGGAGGAUCAACAUCUCAGCUUAUUCCCUUCGUUUUUCUACCUCUGAAAGGACAAUUGAUUUAUCCGAGUAAAGAAAUAGGUUUCACAGGUCUUGAGACAGCAGUAUGUGCGGUGUCGAAGGCAAAAUUCUUAACCACCAGAGGCUGGAUGGAUUUGAGAAAUCCCAUCAACAGCGACGUCCCGUUUCGUUUGUACAGAGAUGAGGGAAAAAGCUUUCUCCAGUGGGACGGAGAGGCAGACCUAAGACUGAGGCUAUCAGGCCGUAUGAUAUUAGUCUAUUUCAAAUGCAGAGAAGUGGCGGACGUACAAAAUUCAACCACGAAAAUUUCUUCGCCAUCCGUAGCAUUUCGAGUUGUUGGCACACCCAUGAAUAAUCUGAAUCCUUACAAUAUAAGCGAGGUAUCUUUCAUGUCCAAUGCUCAAACCUUAUCUGAAGACAAUGGAAGCUUGACGGUUCCAGAAUACGUGGCGAUAGGAAUCUGUUCGGUUCUCCUAGGUUUAAUAUACGUUGCAUCAGUUUUCCUCUAUCUACAUAUCCGUAAGAGAAACAGACUGAGAACUAGCAACAAAUCGAAGGAAAAUCAAAACCAAGAUCCUCAUUCCCUAGCAGAAGAGGGAAUCAUUAAAAACAACCCUCUGUUAGGUUUAUCCGCACAUUUCCAACCCCCCGACAGUGAAGAAGGGACUAGAAGUGAUGAGGAUGGCAAUUCCGACAUCUUACGCCAAGAAGAAAGAAUCAUCCAUCAACAGUUAACAUCGGUCGUAAUACAUCCUCAACAAACAUUCUCGAAGACGAGAACAAAUCAGCAUGAUUACACCCUUCAAGAAAACUCUAAUAUUGAGCGUUUGCCAGAGGAGAAUGUUUCGAUUAUUGAAACAUUGGAAGGGAGAGAAGAUAGAUCUGAUGAUCUUAGAACCCCUAAUGGAACCAUUAGGAAAAAGCUCUACUUCAAUCCGGCCUAUUUUGAGCCUCAUCUUCUUGUGGCUCCACCACCAGCAGCCUUGGAGUUUCUUCAGAAGAUCAGAGAGGUUAUUUCGAUAGCCAAGCAGAAGAUGGAAGCCAAACGAUUCGUGCCAUCUUUGUUAGGAAUACCAGAAGAAGACUAUGGUUUGAGCGUUCAUUCCUACGAUUUCAAUCCUCCCAGUAGGAAGGGUAGCAUAAUAAGUCUGAAGAGAGAGAACAGCAGAAGGAAAUCUUGCUCCGGGUGUCCGGGAUGUCAAUCUAAUGGUUCCCGCCCAAAAUUCCCAGAGCUUCCUGUCGUGACCCCCUGCAGUAACUGCUUGGUAGUGACGCAAGAUGCCAAGCAGAGGAAUAUAAGGAAAUGGUUGGAAGACAUACCAGUGAUCAAGAAUUCAGAGGCAGCUUCCGAGAAUGGAUCAACAGCCUCCAUUAAGAGUCCCAAACGAAUACGGACACCUUCUAAUGUCCACCCUACCUUACCACCUGCAAGGCCAAUAACAAGAUCCGUUAGCAAGAAAGAAACGAGAAGAGUCAACGUGAGAGAAAAGCAAUCACCCACUAGAUCCCUCUCGCCGGAUUUUGGUAGUUCGAAAAGACCCAUGUCCCCGCAUUUAUCAUCAGAUAAAGCUUCGGAAAGCGAUUGUUCGGGGUCAGAAACCUAUAAUAAAACGAUUAGGUCGAGAAGACGCCAGAGUAGCAAAAUAAAGAAGCCCAAAAUGCCACCACCUCUACCUCCGGGUGGUCUGAAGCCAUCUGGUGGUAGCGUGGAGAACAUCUACGAUACCGUCGCAAAUGAAAAUGGGAAUUCAGUUGCCGGAGGAAAAUUCGGGAUUGCUAGGGAUUCGAAGAUUCCAACUAUCACGAAGAAGAAUAUGAAGGCGGUCAUUGAAGAAUUUGCUGUCUCCAAUGGUAUCAAUAAGAGGUUAGGUAAUUUCUCCAUGGAUUAUGAGGCUGAUAGCUUAGAGAGGCCGCAAAAAAGGGAAACCACGCCAACCGAAUACACCGAUGCGUCUUCUUCCCAGCCAAGUCCAAGCUUGAGCUCAGCUUUACCCAUGGACGAAGAAAUGACCAUGAGAAACGCCGUGUUCAAUAAGAAGACGGGAAAUAGAACAAUAUCUAAGUUGCCGACAGGGAACAGUACCAGCGCCUCAGACACUGAGAAUGAGUACGAACUAAUAGUCUUAAAAAAGGGGAAUAAUUUGUACAAACUCCCAGAAAUACUCCAGAAGAACAAAGGUUAUAGUUUGGUGAGCGAAGUCUACGUCAAUAACGGAUAUAAUUACAAUAGUUCCCCUUCUUCCCCGAGUGAUUCCAACAGUCCAACCAUGGAUAAACGCGAAUUGAAAGUUUGUUAUGGCUUGGAGAAUCAACCAGGGAAAUUGAUGAUAGAGGUGGAAGACUGUCUGGACAAUUACAUCCCAGUUAACGAUUCCGAUAGUUUCGAACCGGAUACGCUGGACAGGAAACCUUCCAAGAAAUACGACAGACCUACGGAGACUUACGUGGAUUCUCUAGAACGUCCGCAACAAAUUCUUCUGAGGACCACGGGAAGUUUCAGGAAGGACAAUACGAUAAAUCAGACUCUGAACACUUUCAAUCGGAAUUUCGGCAGUUUGAGGGAGAUCUACGAGGCGAAAACAAGGGGAAAGACUGCGGAGAAUAUGUUCAGGAUCAUGUCGGAGGAAGAAAAAUUGCUCACUUUGGAAGAGAGACACAGCAGAAGACAGAGGCAGACUGUACAGCCCGAUGUUAUUCCUCCUCCUCCACAUGACAACACACCUUUAUACGAUUAUCCGAAACCUCCUAGAAAGAUACUCAUCGCUGAUAGCCUGACAAACAAGCCGCCUCUACCGCCAAAAAACGGGAAAAACAGGAGUGCCAAUUCUAAAACAUCCAACAAGAAGCCGAGCUCAGUUGGUAUUCCUGACAGAACUGUGGAUUUGAUCCAGUUGAAAUCCAAAAAGUGUGAAAUAAACAACAACAAGCCAUCGUUUCCUGAUUACGAUCUCCACAGGGAACCCUUUAUUCUGAAUCCCAAACAGGAAGUUGAGCGAACCAACCUUGAUUCCAUGAGGGACAAUGAUAAAUGGACGGAGGAUGAACUCAACGCCAAAAACAAAAAUUUGGACAAAAUGGCCAAUACCGAGGAGAUGAUGACGAACUCUCAAAAAUCGUCGAAUGUUAAGAGAGCUUGGCAGAGGUACGUAGAUUCUGCAGGAAGGGGAAAAACUGAAGAUUCCGGAUAUUUGAGCACAGAUUCCAAUGAGUCGAGGGCUGCGUCAGCUUCCAGCAGAACCAGCCAAAAUGAUAGAGGAAGUGAAACAGAUGAGAGUCUUGGAGACGGCCAUAGCGAAUCAGGGGGCGAGAGCAUAGAAACUCAUUCCGUGUUUUUCGGCCGCUUCAGAAAAGCCGAUUACUUAACUAUUUCCAUGGACAGUGGCGUAGACACCGAUCAGAAAUCUAGAGACACCAGUUUCGCAGUUGUGGAUGAUGUAGCUCUACAGAGCAGCGAUUCAGAGCAUGCCAGUUACGCCACUGUAGUUCCUUUAGAGAGUACAAGUACGAAUUCGUCUAAUUAGUAAAAUUUCGAGAAUAAUAUAUAUGUUAUGAAUAGAGAGUGCAAUAUUUUAUAACUUUUAUCUAGUUUCUAGUGCAAUAUUUUUUAUAUUUUUAUUUAUAGAUAGAAUAUUUUGUAAGUAGACGAGGUCUUACGUUGAUUGGCAUCCAAAGUGGACAAACUUCAAUAUUUUAAUUUUGGUAUACUGAAAUGUUUA